CAAAACAAAAAGCCGGCUGGAAUGAAAAAUUUAACAAAUUUUCAUGUUUAACUCCGAAAAAUUAAAACUAAAAGUGAUGAAAAAUGAAAAUUGAAGCAACGGGCUACUUACUUUGGUCAUAUUUCUUGUUCAUCUUCGUUUGUCUUCAGUUUUUUCGUGCAUUUUUCCCGAUCAACUUCUCAUCAGGACUUGACCAGAACACUUCCGAAGGCUUUAACGAGUUGCAAGACAUUCCCCAUUUCGAGCGUUCGAUUUUAAUGAUCAUCGAUGCCUUGCGAUAUGACUUUGUCGAGCAAAUGCCCUUCACCAAACGACUCGUCAACGAGGAAAAUGCCUGUUUAGUGAAGCUUAAAGUACAUCCGCCAACAGUUACGAUGCCAAAAAUCAAGACAAUUGUGUCGGGAAGUGUUCCGAGCUUCAUUGACGUCGUGCUGAACUUGAAUAAUGGACAAGCGAUGACGAGUGAUAAUUUAUUGCAUCAAAUGAAGAAAAACAACAAAAGUAUCGUUUUUUACGGAGAUAAUGUGUGGACAAAGAUGUUUCCUGCGAAAAACUUCUUCACGAGAAAAGGCGAGAACGUUGACUCAUUUUUCGUAAACGACUUUUACGGAGGAGAUAAUAACAUUUCACUCGCAAUUCAUAAGGAACUGAAUACUUCCGAUUGGGAUCUCAUGAUUUUGCAUUAUCUCGGCUUAGAUCACAUUGGACACGUACUUGGAGCGCUAAAUCCGACAAUUGACGCGAAAUUACGAGAAAUGGACGGCAUUGUUAACGAAAUUUAUGAAAAUUUUAUCAAAGAUUAUUCAGAAAAUGUAAUUUUUAUUACCGGAGACCACGGAAUGAGAGACGCUGGAGGCCAUGGAGGAAGUUCUCAAGACGAAAUUCAAGUUCCGUUAAUCGUUUUAGGCGUAAAUUGCGAUAAAGUAACAGAAAAUUACGAUCAAACGGACUUAGCAACGACUGCGGCAGUAUUAUUAGGGUUAAAUAUCCCGGAAACAAGCAACGGAGCUGUGAUUCCCGAACUUUUGAGUCAUUUGAGUGACGAAGAGAAGCUUUUAGUGUUGAAUCAAACAUCACAACGGCUUUUGGAGAAGAUUUCCAGCCAAUUUGGAUACGAAAUUACAACGAAUAGAGAAUUCUUUUUUCAACUGAACGAAGCAAGAAAUGCUCACAACGAAUACCUGACAACGAAAAAUCCGGUACCUUUUAUGACAGCAGCUCUCAAAUAUGCUUCAGCAAGUCAGGAAAUGCGCUCUCUACUAACAGCUAAUACCGUUAAAUAUGACAUGAGCUCUAUUUUGGUCUCAACUUUUGCAGCAUUUACGAUCACCUUGAAAAUUAUUGCCGUUAUUUUUGGUCACGUGACUCAUAUUGAGUUCAAAUCCAGUCCAAAAGCGAUUUUAAAGCAGUUUUUCCUGAUAAUUUUCUCAUGUAUCCUCUCCAAAAGCAUCACAACUGACCUUUCUUGGAUGGAUUUUUCCUGUGUAGUCAUCACAAUUUGGAUUUCCGCAUCGAAUUUGCUGUACAUAACGCAACGAAACAACCUCCAUGCAAUGUUAAAGGUUUAUCAAAAUUUUCAAAAUUUGACGUUGUUGCAGCUUGUUUUGGUCGUUCUUUAUGCAUUCCAUGCCAUUUCUUUGGUUUCCAGCUCUUACGUGGAAGAAGAACAUCAAACGUGGUACUUUUUCUUCAACACAUUUUGCGUCGUUUUGUUCCUGACAGACGUAAAAUCGACUUUUACGACGCAAAUUCGACCUCAAUGGCGCACUAAAUUGCUUGAAUGGAUGAUUUUCUUUGGCACGCAUAUUUUUGCAAGAAGAUUAAAUCAAACGGGCGACAAAUGGAUCAACGUUCCCGAUGUCGGAGAUUUCCUCGUGAUGCCAGAAAAUAAAUUUUUGUUGACAAUUUUUGUAAUUUUCGGCGAAAUUUUGUUGUUUCGAAGCGUUUUUAGUGAAGCAUGGUCGAAAUGGACCUCAAUAUCUGUUGGAGGAUGUCUCGUAGCAAUAUUCGCUUAUAGGGCAAGUUCAGGCGUUUUGUUGCCAAAUAUAGACCAAAGGCAUUCAGAUGCGUGUUUAGCAGCAUUUUGGAUCGGAAUCGGGCUGAUUUUGCUGUCGACAGUUACAAACAAGGAAAUUUCCAAGAUGAAAAUUUUCGUUGUGACGAUCGUUUUGGUGUCAGCUCUCAUCCAUAAGCCUCAUAAUAUAAUUUUAAAUGCAAUUUUGGUCAUUACAAGCAGAUUCGUGACAUAUAAAAUAAAGGAAACCAUGUUCUCGAAGGAACCUGACUCUAGUUUGAUGAUUAUUUUGAUUCAUUUUUGCAUGGGAAAGGUCUUCUACUUUUAUCAGGGAAAUUCCAACAGUUUGGCAACAAUUGACUUGACAGCAGGCUAUGUAGGUCUUCAUCACUUUUCUUUUGCAGCAGUUGGGGUCUUGUUAACUCUUAAUACCUUCAAUGGACAAAUUUUAAGCUUCCUGUUGUUGAUUAAAAAUUCAAUGAAAAAGUCUUCUGGAAAAGAAAAUACUAAGAAAUUUUCUUGUGAUAUGUUACUAAAAACGUACAUCGUGCUAACAACUACUCCUAUUUGCUUUUAUUUGGUUGUGAUGAUACUUUUUCGGUAUCAUUUAUUCAUCUGGACAGUAUUUUCACCCAAAUUAUUGUAUAAGUUUUAUGUGAUGUUGUUGAAUUUUGUGAUGACAUCUUCAGUAUUUGUGUUGAAUAAAGUUUAAAAUUAAACAUUUACAUGCCAAAGAGGGCUCCG